AUGACUAAGAUCUUUUUCACCGGUGUGACUGGCUAUAUUGCCGGCGACGCCUUAGCCGCCCUGGUAUCAAAGCACCCGAACCUUUCCUACGCUGCACUGGUUCGCAGCACAGAUAAGGCGGAGCAGAUCAAAGCCCAAUAUCCAAACAUCCGAAUUGUCCUGGGUGACCUUGACGACUCAGCACUCCUAGAGCGAGAAAGCGCAGCAGCAGAUAUUGUCCUCCAUGCCGCAGAUGCCUCCGACCAUGCAGGUGCUGCAAAGGCAAUUACUGCAGGUCUAGUAGCAGGCCACACGACGGGGAACCCUGGCUACUUGCUACACACAGGCGGAACAGGGAUUCUAACCUUCGAAGACAGCGACAGCGGUACCUACGGCAACAAAAGCGAGAAAGUGUACGACGACUGGGAUGGGGUAGAGGAACUCCUCACACUUCCCGACCAUGCAUUCCAUCGCAAUGUAGACCAGAUCGUCCUAGAGGCCGGUGCGAAGCAUGCAGAUGUACUUAAAACCGCUCUGAUCUGCCCGCCUACUAUCUACGGUCGAGGCCGUGGCCCAUGCUCGCAACGCGGUCGACAAGUCUACGAACUAGCAAAAGUGACCCUCCAGUUACAAAAAGGACCAAUCAUUGGAGCGGGGCAAUCGAUCUGGAAUGAUGUCCACAUCCAUGAUUUGAGCGAUGUUUAUUCGCUACUCGUUGAUGCAGCGAUUGCGGGCCGGACUGAUGACGGGCUCUGGGGUGCGGACGCUUACUAUCUGACCGAGAAUGGGGAACACGUCUGGGGGGAGUUGGCCCAGCAGACAGCGGACGUAGCCACAAAGCUGGGGUACUUGCCAGAGGCGAAAGCUGAGUCUAUUGAUUUGGAAAGUGCCAAGAAAUACGCUGGCUUUGAGUCGCUGAGCUGGGGUUUGAAUUCGCGUGGUCGUGCCCGACGCGCACGUGAGCUUCUGGGGUGGAAGCCUUCGCGCCCGAGUCUGGUGGCUGAGUUGCCGGCUAUAGUUCAGAGUGAGUGGCAGGCUCUGCAUUAG